CCGCAGAGGUCAAGCCAAAGUAAACUGUUUCCCAUUUUGCCCCGCCCACUUUCUUUGUGCUGAUUGGUAGUUACAGGAUCCGCUAUCUGAUUGGCUGAGAGAACGCAGCGCGUAAUUUAAAAUGUUGUAUCAGUAACAAAGCUGCACCACUCGUCUGCAGCAGCGCUCACGAGUGGCGGAAGUGAAGGUUCCACUGCGGAGACUGAGUGAAUUUGUAGCCGAAGAUUAGUGUCCCUUGUUUGGACCUAAGCAGCCCCUGCUGUCAUGUCGCAAGGGAUUCUUUCUCCGCCGACCGGCUUGCUGUCUGACGAGGAGGUCGUAGUCUCCCCCAUGUUUGAAUCCACAGCUGCAGAUUUGGGGUCUGUGUUCCGCAAGAAACUGCUGUCAGAGUGCUCUGUCAUCUCCACCUCCCUUGAGGACAAGCAGCAGGUUCUAUCUGAUGAUAAUACAGAGAAGGUGAAAGUAUACCUGAGGGUCAGGCCCUUGUUGCCUUCUGAGAUGGAACGACAGGAGGACCAGGGUUGUAUCCAGAUUGAGAAUAUGGAGACACUCACUUUACGGGCACCCAAAGACUCCUUUGCUCAGAAGAGCAACGACCGAGGAAUUGGACAAGCCACCCACAGAUUCACCUUCUCCCAGAUCUUUGGACCAGAAGUAGGACAGGCAUCCUUCUUCAACCUGACUGUGAAGGAGGUGGUAAAGGAUGUACUCAAAGGGCAUAACUGGCUCAUUUACACAUAUGGAGUAACAAACUCCGGGAAAACACACACAAUUCAAGGUACCAUCAAGGAUGGAGGGAUCUUACCACGGUCCCUGGCUCUGAUCUUCAACAGCAUUCAAGGCCAACUUUAUCCAACACCUGAUCUGAAACCCUUGCUCUCCAGUGAGGUAAUCUGGCUAGACAACAAGCAAAUCCGGCAGGAGGAAAUGAAGAAACUCGCCCUCCUAAAUGGAGGACUCCAAGAGGAGGAGCUGUCUACCUCACUGAAAAAGAAUGUCUACAUUGAAAGUCGAAUGGGUACCAGUAGCAGCUUUGACAGUGGUGUAGCUGGCCUGUCCUCUACCAGUCAAUUUACCAGCAGUAGCCAGUUGGAUGAAACGAAUUACCAAUGGGCACAGCCAGAUACUGCUCCUAUAAGUGUUCCUGAAGGCAUUCACUUCUCCAUCUGGAUCUCCUUCUUUGAGAUUUACAAUGAACUCAUCUAUGAUCUGUUGGAACCUCCUUCUCAGCAGCGCAAAAGGCAGACUUUGAAGUUGUGUGAAGAUCAUAAUGGCAAUCCCUAUGUGAAAGAUCUUAAUUGGAUUCAUGUUCAGGAUGCUGAGGAGGCCUGGAAACUCCUUAAAGUGGGUCGUAAAAAUCAGAGCUUUGCCAGCACCCACCUAAACCAGAACUCUAGCCGCAGUCACAGCAUUUUCUCAAUUCGAAUCUUGCACCUCCAAGGCGAAGGAGAUAUAGUCCCCAAGAUCAGCGAGUUGUCACUCUGUGAUCUGGCUGGCUCAGAGCGCUGCAAAGAUCAGAAGAUUGGUGAACGACUGAAGGAAGCUGGAAACAUUAACACUUCACUGCACACCCUGGGCCGCUGUAUUUCUGCCUUGCGCCAAAACCAGCAGAAUCGGUCAAAGCAGAACUUGGUUCCCUUCCGUGACAGCAAAUUGACUCGAGUGUUCCAAGGCUUCUUCACAGGCCGUGGUCGUUCAUGCAUGAUUGUCAAUGUGAAUCCCUGUGCAUCUACCUAUGAUGAGACUCUUCAUGUGGCCAAGUUCUCAGCUAUUGCUAGCCAGCUUGUGCAUGCUCCACCUGUGCAGCUGGGUUUCACAUCGCUGCAUUCAUUCAUCAAGGAGAACAAUCUGCAAGCAUCUUCCAGCUUAGAGACAGGAGCUAAAUUAGACCCAGACUUCAGUGGAGACAUUGAAAAUGAAGCUGACAUCUCCACGUAUAACAAAGAGGAGCUCCUUCAGGUGGUGGAAGCCAUGAAAGCAUUGCUUUUGAAAGAACGGCAGGAAAAGCUGCAGUUGGAGAUACAGCUCCGUGAUGAAAUUUGCAAUGAGAUGGUGGAACAAAUGCAACAGCGGGAACAAUGGUGCAGUGAACAUUUGGAUACCCAAAAGGAACUAUUAGAGGAAACAUAUGAAGAGAAACUAAAGAUCCUCAAGGAGUCACUGACAGGCUUUUACCAAGAAGAGCUUCAGGAGCGGGAUCAGAAAAUUGAAGAGCUAGAAGGUCUGUUGCAGGAAGCCAGACAGCAGCCAAUGCCCCAUCAACAAUCAGAAUCUGAAAUGACUCUACGGCGAUCACAAAGAUUGGCAGCUUCUGUUUCUACUCAGCAGUUCCAGGAGAUUAAAGCUAAACUGGAACAUUGCAGAGCAGAGCUAAAUGCAACCAGUGAAGAGCUACAGAAGUAUAAAAAAAUGUUAGAACCACCACCUUCAGCCAAACCCUUCACCACUGAUGUGGACAAGAAGUUAGAGGAGGGCCAGAAGAAUAUAAGGCUGCUACGGACAGAACUUCAGAAACUUGGCGAAUCUCUUCAGUCAGCAGAAAGAGCCUGUUGCCAUAGCACAGGGGCAGGAAAACUUCGCCAAGCCUUGACCAUUUGUGAUGACAUCUUAAGCAAACAGGACCAGACCUUGGCUGAGCUACAGAACAACAUGAUGCUGGUAAAGCUGGACCUUCGGAAGAAGGCAGCCUGCAUUGCUGAACAGUAUCAUACUGUGCUAAAACUCCAAGGUCAGCCUUCUAUCAAAAAACGUCUUGGUGUAGAUCAGGAAAAUCAGCAACCAAACCAACAGCCUCCUGGAAAGAAGCCAUUUCUUCGAAACUUACUUCCCCGAACACCCACCUGCCAAAGCUCAACCAACUGCAGCCCUUAUGCCCGGAUCUUACGCUCACGACGUUCUCCUUUACUCAAAUCUGGGCCUUUUGGCAAAAAAUACUGAGGAUGUCAGAUGUGCAUUCAUUGUCCUGAGGUGGGUCAGCAUCACUGUGUACCUCUAACUGUCCAGAAUGCAAUUCUCAGACAUUAUAUUUCCCUUUUUUGUAAUAUAAUCAGCCUAUGUAAUCUCACACCUUUUGUUCCUCAUUGUUUCUAUGCACACAAAAAUGUUAUAUAUAAAAUAAAGAUUAUUCACAUUUUUAUUUGAA